AUGGAGUCUGCUUCUGCUACAGCUGCUGCUAAUCAGAGGGAGCUUCAAAGCUCAGCCAACAGAGGCCGCCAGAGCGGCAAAUUUCAUCUCCCAAAACUCAUUCACUACAAAUGGUGGCUCCGCAUAACCUGCUACAUCUUCUUCCUCCUCAUCGGUCAAUCCGCGGCCACGCUCCUUGGCCGCCUCUACUACGACAAAGGCGGCAACAGCAAAUGGAUGGCCACUCUCGUCCAAUCCGCCGGCUUCCCUCUUCUCCUCCCUCUCCUGCUCUACUUCCUCCGACAGAAACACCACCACCGCGGCGGGCGGAACCAUCUCCGCCGCUGGCUGCCGCUGAUCUACCUGGGUUUCGGCGUCCUCCUCACCGUCGACAACUUGAUGUACUCCUACGGCCUCCUUUACCUCCCGGUCUCCACCUAUUCCUUGCUCUGCGCUACCCAAUUGGCCUUCAACGCCGUCUUCUCCUUCUUCCUCAACAACCAGAAGUUCACCCCGUUCAUCCUCAACUCCCUCGUCCUCCUCACCGUCUCCGCCACCCUCCUCGCCGUCAAUUCCGCCGACGACGACACCGCUUCCACCGCCGCCAAGAACAAGUACGCAAUCGGAUUCCUCACCACCGUCGGCGCCUCCGCCGCCUACUCCCUCUACCUCUCCCUCAUCCAGCUCACCUUCGACAACCUCGUACCGGGUAAGGACUCGGACCUGCCAGGAGGAGUGAGAGUUAUGGCGAAGGCGGUGGUGGAGAUGCAGAUCUACCCAUCAGCGGUGGCGACGGUCGGUUGUGUGGUGGGGAUUUUUGCGAGCGGGGAGUGGAAGGAGGUGAAGGGGGAGAUGAAGGGUUAUACGGAGGGGAAAGCGGCGUACUUGCUGACGCUGAUCUGGACGGCGGUGGCGUGGCAGGUGUCGUCGCUGGGGAUGUUGGGGUUGGUGUUCGAGGUAUCGUCUCUGUUUUCGAACGUGAUCAGCACUUUGGCGCUGCCGUUGGUUCCGGUGCUGGCGGUGGUGCUGUUCGGGGAUAAGAUGGACGGCGUGAAGGCGGUGGCGAUGGUGCUGGCGGUGUGGGGGUUCGUCUCGUAUGUUUAUCAGCACUAUCUGGAUGAUCGUUCCACGGCGGAGCGCGCGGCGGCGGGCGGCGAUGCGCGGGAAUGUGGAAAUGCGGAUCGACGAGGCGAGAUUUGUUAA